UGCCGACAGGCCGUCGACUGGCACAGUUGAGAGCGAGUGGCCGCCGUGAGCAGCACGGCUGAAGCGGAGCUGGCAGCCAGAGAUCCGGAGCACGCAACACGUAACCGAGCCGCCCCAGGUGGAGGCGGGGGAGGCAGCCGACGGGGAGGCGGGCAGCCAUAGGCUUUCAGUGCUGUAUACCCAGGGAGCCCCCAAAAACAAAGGACAACACAAAAAAAAAAUCAACCAGAGCCAGAACUAGCUUCAAAGAAACCACCAGAAUUUCGCAGAUCAUGCCCAGAAGCCGCCGCUCUGCGCCUUAGUUGAUCUCCAAGAUGAUUAUCCGCCUGCGCUAUGGAAGACGACUGCAGACCUAUCUGAAGAUAGGAGCCUGUGUGCUCGUGGGCGUCUGCUAUUUCGCCUUCCUCUUCCGCGAGUCCCUGAACGCCUACGAGCACCGGGAGCGAGUCGCUGCCGCCGAACUGGAGGCGGAUGCCUCGGAGCCAUCCAAGCAGCAGCUGAAGCUGAAGCGGCAGCAGUUGCAGCGCCAGCGGCUGCUGACCAAGCAGCAGGAGCAGCAGAGCAAGGCCACCAGCAACGCUAGCUCCGGUAGUUCCGGCUCAGCCACGGCAGCAGCCCCAGCACCGCCUCCCAGCGCCCUCACUCUGUACGAGUACUCCGAGGAGCUGCACAGCCGGACGGAGCGGGAGCUGCAGAAGCGGAGCGAGCACUUGGCCGCCGUCUGCGAUCGGUAUAAGCUUCAGGAAAAGUACCCACCGAAUCCCUGGGAGUUCUUCGUCUCACCCGGCCACAAUAAUCUCGUUUGGUGCAAUGUCUUCAAGGCGGCCAGCAGUACUUGGAUGUAUUACUUUAAUAUUUUGGCCGGCUAUGAUGUCAAGUAUCUGCAACGAACCGAGAUGCAGCCGCUGGAGUUGGCCAGAAAGAAAUUUCCCAGGCCGGAGCUCGCCGAGUUGAUGGAACUCCUGCCCAGUGCAUUGUCCUUUCUCUUUGUGAGAGAUCCCUUCGAGAGGAUUCUGAGUGCCUACCGGAACAAGUUAGAGGGCAACAAGAACACCUUCUACAAGGCGCUGGGCAACAAAAUCGUGCACCGCUUCCGGAGACGGAAUCUGGGGGGGCCGUGGCCGAGAUGUGGCCCCACCUUCGAGGAGUUUGUGCGAUUCCUGAUCGCCGAACACGAGGCGGGAAAGAAGUUCGACGAGCACUGGGCGCCCAUCUACAGCUUCUGCACGCCGUGCAGUGUCAAUUUUACGAUCAUCGGGAAGACGGAGACGUUCCAGCGCGACUCGGAGUACAUCAUACGGCAGGCGGGGCUGGAGUCGCUGCUGCUGGGAUUGGGGAAGCUGCCGCAGAGGAAGCUGCGCAAGAUCGGCAACCAGGCGCGCAGCGGGGUCAAAUCGGAGGCCCUGGUCGAGCGCUAUUUCGACGAUCUCGACCGCUCAACGUUGGACCAAUUGCUCAAGAUAUAUCGCAUCGACUUCGAGCUGUUUGACUAUGACUACCGCAAGUACUACGACAUGGUGAAUCCCUGGAGUCUCGAGCAGAGCACUGUCGGGGCAGGACAGGGACAGGUCCACCCCACCACCACCACAACAACCACCUCAUCGGUGGCAUCAGUGGCGGUGGGUGGGGGCAGUGGGACUGUCACCCAGGGUCAGGUCACGUAGGUCAGUCAAUCAGUUCGAAGGGCGAUGGGUCGUGAAACAAUCUUAUCAUGUACCUUUUUACCAACACUCGGAAACAAACAAAAACACUGAAACACACGAGAUACAGAACCCAACCGAAGCUAACAAAUCUACCAAAUUUUAAGGCCAAAUCAACGUUUUCCAAAAACGCAAAACCAAAAAAACACUCUUGACCUCUCUUAGAUAAUGCCAAAAAAACAAAAAACUAACUAUAAAUAAUUAACGAAAUUAAAACAAUGACAAGAAGGUUCGACCCAAGGAAACUUAGUUAGAAGAUUUAGCAUUUUGAUGGAUUUUUUCAGCCACCAAAAUUAAAAAAAUAAUAA